AUGAGUGACGGACGAAUACGGUUAAGUGGAAGUCAGUACAAGAAACGUAGGUUGGAUAAGGCUGAGAGAGAACGUAGUAUCGUAGAAAAAACUCUUAAAAUUGAUAGUUUCUUUAAUCAACCGAAAGUUGUUAAUCAACUAAAUAACUUUGAAAAACCAGCCAUUUCCAUUGCUGAUUCUUCAAAACAGCUUCUUCCCAUUACUGGUUCGGAUAAUAUCAAAGAAAUUGUACCAACAGCUUGUGACAUAGACCCUAAUUCUAAUUUCACCUCAAAGUCCCCAGAGCCAACUACUUCGUCUUCUAUUACUAAUAUCAAUCAAAGUAAUAAUUUGGCAGUUAAUUCUAAUGUGAUUGUAAAGGAUCCAGCUUUAUGGGUAAUAAACGAUGCUACACGUAAAUACGUUUUGCAGCAUGGAAUUAACCAAGAUCAUGUUCAUGAUAAAAAUUUUGAUUUUUCCCGCUCAAAGAGACUUUGCGGUAAGCAAUAUCGAUAUUUAAAUGAAUCUUUAUUUAAAACCCAACUUGUCAAUGGCCAAAUAGUAAAGCGAGCGUAUUUAAUGUACUCAGAAAGUUCUGGUUCAGUGUUUUGUGUUCCUUGUCAAUUAUUUGGUGGAACUACAAAAAUAGCAAAAGAAGGAUUUGACGACUGGAAGCAUGGCAAUGAUGCAUUGAAAAAUUACGAGAAUUCUUUUGAACACAAGUCGUGUGUUUUAGAAAUGAAAAUGAGAUCAAACACUCUUGGAAAAAUUGAUACACAUUUUUCUUGUCAAAUAGACACAGAGAAAAAGUAUUGGCGCAACGUUUUAAAACGGGUUGUAGCCACUGUCCGUGCUUUGGUAACUACAGGUUUACCUUUAAGAGGUCAUAUCGAGAAGUUUGGUUCGUCAAGCAGUGGUAACUUUAUAAUGUAUCUUGAACUUAUUUCUGAAUUCGAUCCUUUUUUGGCAGAGCAUAUAGCUAGGUACGGUAAUCCAGGUCAAGGCCACACUUCGUAUUUAUCUUCUACUACAUAUGAAAUUAAUGGCUGA